AUGGGGCGAGGUAAGGUUGAAUUGAAGAGGAUAGAAAAUAAGAUAAGCAGGCAAGUGACUUUUUCUAAGAGGAGAUCAGGUCUGCUUAAAAAGGCUAAUGAGAUCUCAGUUAUGUGUGAUGCUGAGGUUGCUUUGAUUGUUUUCUCUAACAAAGGGAAGCUCUUUGACUACUCUUCUGAGUCCAGCAUGGAACAAAUUAUAGAAAAGUACGAAAGAUAUUCGUACGCAGAGAAAAAUCUUACAACGGACUCUCUGCAGCCCAAGGAUAAUUGGUGUGUUGACAACCGGAAGCUCUUGGCUCGCAUUGAAGCUUUAGAAAGAACUAUACGGAAUUAUGAGGGAGAAGAUUUGAUUCCUCUUAGCUUGAGAGAGCUUCAGAGUUUGCAACACCAGAUAGACACAGCCUUGAGGCGAAUCCGAACAAGGAAGAAUCAACUUAUGGUGGAGGCAAUUUCUCAGCUCCAGAAAAAGGAGAAAUCACUGCAGGAGCAGAACAAUUUGUUAGCUAAGAAGCUCAAAUUAAGGGAAAAAGAUGAAAUAGGAGAAAGUUCCCAUGCAGCAAAUAGUAUGUUGAACUUUGGGUUGAGCGGUGGGACCCAGGAGCAGCCCAAUGGUCCGGUGACUGACAUACCACCGUGGCUUCGAAAUUUUUAGUUAUGCAAAAUCAUGUCUAUGGCCAUUAGAAUAUUGAACGUUUGUAUGAUGCAUGCAUUAAAAUAUUGGCAACUCAAAGAUCAUAUCAUUGGUGAAAAUCACCAACAUAUAUAGUUAUCUCAAUGGAAUUAAACUUCUGUUUCUGCGAAGCCUAACCUAAUUCAUGACUAUAUAUGGUUUCAAAUAAAAGUCUGUUUUAGAAUC